AUGGCAAGCCGUACUCCCCAAAUGGAAUAUGAACAGAGCAGUUCGUUCCACCUUAAAGCUCCUCACUUCUUCAAGAUAAUCCUCCACACCAUGAUUCAAAGCGGAAAACUUACUAUACCGCAGAAAUUUGUUAGGAAAUAUGGAGCAGAGUUGUCCAAGUCUGAUGUUGUGCUCCUCCACGUUCCAAGCGGUGAUGCCUGGGAGGUGAAGCUGAGGGCAGGCGACGGUGCCAUUUGGCUGGAAAAUGGAUGGCCGGAUUUCAUGAACUUCUACUCCAUAAAACAUGGGGACUUUCUCGUCUUCUGUUACAAGUCCCGGAGCUCUAAUGAGUUCGAUGUGCUCUUGUUUGAUAAGAGUGCCACAGAGAUCGAAUACCCUAUUAAGUUUCACAGGACUUUGUCUCCAAUCAAGACAGAGGAAAUCAGUGACGAUGAGGAUGAUGAUGACGACGAAGAUGAUGUUCCAAGUGAAACAUUGGAUGACCUUCAGUCAGCUUCGAGGAUUACGAGAAGAACAAGUCUUAUGCUGAGCAGAAAUUACACCACUGAUGAGAACAAUGUGUGUCCAAAAGCACUUAAAGGCGCGGAGAGAGUUAAAGCACUUGAAAGAGCAAAAUCUUUCAAAUCUUCAAAUCCAUAUUUUCUGGUGGUGAUGCAGCCUUACUACGUUCAUCCGUCCUAUAAAUUGCAUGUGCCAGUGAAAUUCCUACAAACACAUAUUGGCGAAAACGGGAGUGGUGGUGAACUGAAACUUCGUGUUUCCGGUGAAAAAGUAUGGACAGUCAAAUACAACAUCUCUGUGCGGGGAACAUGGCUACAUGCCAAGGUUGUUCCUGGUUGGAAGGCAUUUGUAGUUGACAAUGGCUUAGUUGUGGGUGAUGUUUGUGUCUUCGAAUUCAUUAGAGGUCUCAAAACUUCUGGAGGUGGUGGGGCUGCUUCUUCCGAGCAUGAGGGUUGCUCAGGAGCUAAAUUUAAGGGUAAAGAGAAGACCCCUUCUUCUGACAUGAAACAAGUCCGAGUAAACAACCAGAACAUUACAAGAUGUUUCGAUUUUCGACCAGGUGCCAGUUUAUUUACAUCCGAGUAUCCAUAUUUCCAAGUGGUGAUGACGAAGAGUUAUCUCUCCCAUUGGAAAUUGAACAUUCCAUCUGGCUUCGUAAGAGAUCACCUAAACUUGGAAAGCAAGGAACAGACGGCGGCUCUUAAGGUCGGCAAUCGCUCGUGGCCAACCAAGGUGAUUAUCAGCUGUCCAUCAUUGCCCAGAGCUGUCUUCAGUUGUGGCUUCCAUGCUUUUGCAAAGGAGAACACUCUGAAAGCCAGAGAUAUCUGCACUUUUGAGCUCAUUCAGAGGGCAGAAAUAGUGUUCAGAGUUUCCAUCAAUAGAGUCAAGAAAGAUCAAAAGAAAUAG